AUGGUAUACUUCUUCUCCAGGACAAAUGUCGUGCGGAAAGCCGAUAGCCAAGGCGUGCUCUGUGCGAUCCCACCGCAUCUCCUUCCUCGCAGGCGUCAAUACCCAAAGCAUUCCAAUAAGAGGACAGGACACUCUUCCCCACUGUCAAUGGAUAUUACCUCCUAUGUAAGAGAAAACUUCCUCAACUGUUCCCGUCUUCGAAGCCUCUCAUACGCAAAUGGCGCACACAAUUAUAGCAGAAUUACUGGCUGGAGGGCAUCCCCUUCAAAAGCUCAGGUCGAACUGCAAAAUUCUCUCGACGACGAGUGGGAGGAUCUCGAUCAGCGAAUGAAUGGCAUCCUAGACUUCUGGAAUUCAAGGGUGGUCGAGCAAGCUUCACGACGUAGACGAGGUGUCCAAGAAAGAGAGAAACGCGAACUUGCCGUUCAGGCGGCGAGAGGUAUCAGGUGCGAUUACAUGCCGAAGGCUCUGAUGCUGGAUGUGCUAGACCGGAUAGCGAGCGACACGUCACCUGAUUCCGUAGACCACGCGGAAAAACCUAAGCAAGAGUCGAGGUCGUAA